AUGUACAGUCCACUUGUAAAGAUCACAUCGCCGCUUGGCAGAGUUGGUCCCACGGUAUCCCUGCGAGAUGCCGAGCCAGACUUCGCGGGACCAAUCGAGAACGUCACAGUGGCACUAGGAAGAGAAGCUGUCCUUACCUGCUCCGUCACAGAUCUCGGGGACUACAAGGUGGCGUGGAUCCGUGCAGACGAUCAAACGAUACUGACGCUGCACACUCGGCUGGUAACACACAGCUCUCGAUACGCUGUCACCAACGACUCGCCUGGCUCCUGGCAGCUGCACAUCAGACCGCUGAAGGUCGAAGACCGGGGCUGCUACAUGUGCCAGAUCAACACAAGUACGAUGAAGAAACAGAUUGGAUGCGUUGACGUUUUAGUGCCUCCAAAUAUCCUGGAUGAGGGAACCAGUGGAGAUCUGGUCGCACGCGAGGGUCAAGAUACAAGUCUCUCUUGCAAGGCGAAGGGAAGACCACUGCCGCGCAUACUGUGGCGGCGAGAAGACGGCACUAAUAUACAGUUGAGGAACGAAGCGGGGGAACUUAGGAAAGUGGACAUGUUCACUGGACCCAACCUGAACCUGAGCAAAGUGGAACGCAGGCAGAUGGGCGCGUACCUCUGCAUCGCUUCCAACGACGUGCCGCCCUCUGUCAGCAAGAGGAUCAUGCUCAAUGUUAACUUUCCGCCAUCAAUUUUGGUUGCGACACAGCUGAUAGGUGUUCCAAGCGGAACACAGGCAAAACUGGAGUGCUUUGUAGAAGCAUAUCCUCAACCUAUCACAUAUUGGCUGAAGGAUGGAGAGCAGAUGAUUUUGUCAAGUGAAAGAAAUUAUAAGGGCAAAGGCAAUUCAAGUUUUAAAUUAUUUUCGUCGCUGACUACCCCACAGUCCACACCGGGGAGACGAGCGAACGGGAUACUUCGAACCCCCCGGCUUGACGACUGCGAGGCCCUGGAGGAAGAGAGUGAAGAGGAGGGGAAAUGUCCACGAGUCCCUACUAGACCCCCAAUGUGA